CUGCUCUUCUAUAGCUGCUUUUACUUCCAUUUCUGCAUCUCGUCUCUACUUCUUCCAAAGCCAAAGAGUCUCUGUACGGAGAGAGAAAGAGUCCAGGCCAUCUAAGUAGGUUGGCUUGGUUGGUUUCCGUCUUUCUGCUUCACUUCGAUCCUUCAAUUUCAAAGGUUCUUAGAAAAUGGCCGAUGCAGAGGAUAUUCAGCCCCUCGUCUGUGACAAUGGAACUGGAAUGGUUAAGGCUGGGUUUGCUGGUGAUGAUGCUCCCAGGGCAGUGUUUCCCAGUAUUGUUGGAAGACCACGACACACUGGUGUUAUGGUUGGGAUGGGGCAGAAGGAUGCCUAUGUAGGUGAUGAAGCACAGUCUAAAAGAGGUAUUCUAACAUUGAAAUACCCGAUUGAGCACGGUAUUGUCAGCAACUGGGACGAUAUGGAGAAGAUCUGGCAUCACACUUUUUACAAUGAGCUUCGUGUUGCCCCUGAGGAGCAUCCAGUGCUUCUCACCGAGGCUCCUCUUAAUCCUAAGGCCAACAGAGAGAAGAUGACUCAAAUCAUGUUUGAGACCUUUAAUGUGCCUGCAAUGUAUGUUGCCAUCCAGGCUGUUCUCUCCUUGUAUGCCAGUGGUCGUACAACUGGUAUCGUACUGGAUUCUGGUGAUGGUGUGAGUCACACUGUCCCAAUCUAUGAAGGGUAUGCUCUUCCACAUGCCAUCCUUCGGCUGGACCUUGCUGGUCGGGAUCUCACUGAUGCUUUGAUGAAGAUUCUCACUGAGAGAGGGUACAUGUUCACCACCACUGCUGAACGGGAAAUUGUACGUGACAUGAAGGAGAAGCUCGCAUAUGUUGCACUUGACUAUGAGCAGGAACUUGAGACUGCCAAGAGCAGCUCAUCAGUUGAGAAGAACUAUGAGCUUCCUGAUGGCCAAGUCAUCACCAUUGGAGCUGAAAGAUUCCGUUGCCCAGAAGUUCUGUUUCAGCCAUCUCUCAUUGGAAUGGAAGCUGCAGGCAUCCAUGAGACUACUUACAACUCUAUCAUGAAGUGUGAUGUGGAUAUCAGGAAGGACCUUUAUGGUAACAUUGUGCUGAGUGGUGGUUCCACUAUGUUCCCCGGCAUUGCAGAUCGAAUGAGCAAGGAGAUCACUGCUCUUGCUCCAAGCAGUAUGAAGAUCAAGGUGGUCGCUCCACCGGAGAGAAAGUACAGUGUCUGGAUAGGAGGAUCUAUCCUUGCAUCCCUUAGCACCUUCCAGCAGAUGUGGAUUUCCAAGGGUGAGUAUGAUGAGUCCGGUCCAUCUAUUGUCCACAGGAAGUGCUUCUAAGUUCUAAAAAAUGCUUGAUGGCGAGUUCUUUUUUGCAUUUAGUUGGCUUUUUUCGUGUCAAGGUGUCAUGUGAACUCCAGUAUCAUGUGAACUCCAGUAUGAUUGAUGUGGAGAAGUGUUGAGAUUGAGUCAUGAAAAGGAGGGUAAAAUUCUGAUGUCUUUCCAUCUGUUGCCAUUCAUGUUAUUGUCUCUGCAAGUGAGGGGCUUUCAACUGUAAUGGUCCCUCUUGAGAAUGUGAUGGGCAGACACUGUGAUACUCAAGUCAUUACUUUCCUCGCAAUCAUUUGGGGUUAAACCAUGUCUUUUAGUAGGAUGUUUGUAUCAGGAGAGUGAUUGUGAUGUUUUUUUUUUAUAUAUAUAUAAUUAUUAUUAUUUUUUUCUUUUUCCAAUAUUUGAACUUAUCUUUUUUCGUUGGGAACAUUAAUGUUAAUAGUUAUUGCAUUUUUUUUUUUUUUGAAAUUUUAUCUAGCGACAGUUUCUGGUCAUAAACCUUUAAUGGAAAUUAUAAUAUUUAAUAUUUGGUUUGAAAGGA